GAACAUUUUCAGAAUAUUCCUGAAACUCACAAAAAAAUUAAUGGUCAUGCUUUCCUCAAAACUAAUAAAGAAGAUUUUGAACGAUAUGGUUUAAAAGCUGGUCUUGCUACAACAGGAUGA